UGGUACAGUCACAAAUGCGUAGGGUCCUUUGCUUCCCCCUGCUGACACCCGGCAGCGGCACAGGGUGGGCUGUGGCUCCAGCCAGCCGUGGGAGUGGGGAAACUAAUGAGGAUGGGCUUUGUUGGCAAGAGCUCCUUCAUCCCACAGCUCCCCCGGUGCUGCUGCCGAGAGGUGCGUGAGCGGGCGGACAGGAGCAAUAAAAGCAGCUGAGUCCCCCCUGCACCUCAUCACCUGCGUGCCAAGCACAGCUCUGGGGUCCCACUGGAGAGGACGUGCCCAGACGGCUCUCUCUGAAAGCUGGAUUUUGUGGCUCCUCUGCCUAGUCUCCCAGACACACAGGUGAAUGGAUUUGGCACCCCUGGCACUCUCAGACACCCAAAAAGGCUCUUCACAAUGACUGCUGGCCUGGAGAAAGCCUGCCACCGGUGCAUAUCAAAAAUUGCCAGCAAUGCAUGCUUUAUAUUUGGGCUCCUUGCUUUCCUUGCCUUACCACUGUCCAUGACUUUUAUAGGAAUGAAGUUUUUGGAAGAUUGCCCAGUUCAGCCACUAAUUCCAUUAUAUCUGUUGGUGGGUGGCGUGAUUGGCAGCUUAAAGGUGACCCUCCUGCUGUACGACUCAGCCAGGAUGAGGCAGCUGCUUUCCAAGUCCGUUGUGAUUGAUGACGAUGACGAUGACGAAUAUCCCUGGAGGCAGAAUGCUCACAAGUACUACACCCAUCUAACCCUCAGCCUUUUCCUUUUUCUUUGGUUCAUUCUUGGGAACUACUGGGUUUUUUCUGUGUACCUGCCAAACUUCAUCCCACCUUUCCAUCAGCCUCAGGAUUACUGUGACAAAACCCUGUACAUUUUUGCUGUUGGUGUUCUCAUCAUUAGCCAUACUGUUCUCUUUCUCCUUAUCUUUUGUAGCUGCUGCAUAUAUUGUUUUUCCAGGCAAAGACACUUUUCUGAGGAAGACUAAAUGCCGCACAAGUAAAGCCCCAGAUGUUCAGGAAAGAGUGUAUAACAAAGAAUAGGCAAUAAUUCACCCUUGUGUACAUCUUUGUUGUACUAUAUAUAUGUACAAUAGCAGACAACUGCAAGAGGAAAUUGUAGAAUACCAUGCCAUCUGGGAAAAGCUAUGCUGGAAUUCAGCAUAGUCAAUGUAAAAUUGCUGCUGUGAAUGGCAGGGUGCACUCCUGCUGACUUCUACAUCCCUUUUUUAACUCUUGGAUAGUCUAUCUGGAGCAAGCUCUUGCAGAUGGUGAACUCUAAAACCAGGUCCCCUAAUGUUGUUUCAGCAUAGUACAUCUUUGCCUAUAAAAGCAACCACGUUGUCCUUUUCACAUGGAUCUGAACUUCUCUGUAGCCUUGCUGUGGUAUGUUACUGUCCCUGUAUUACAAAUGAGGGAGCAGAAACAAAGACAUAAAGGGCUGUAUUCAGACCACCUUGCAUGGUGCAUGGACUUUGACAGCAACUUAGGUGCUCACUACAGAGCUACUGUUAGACCAGCCAGGAAGUAGCUAUGAGAGAAAUAUGAGCAUGUAUAAAAGGCAGCCUGCAUAUGGCCCCCAGGUAUCUUCUGAACUUGGAUUUGAAAGCAUUUAUAUCUACCUUUGGUGCUAAAACAGAUAGUCUGAAUAUACCUAUAUAUAGCCAAAACAUCUAAACUGAGCCGAGGCCACAAUACAAAUCUUUGGCAGAACAAUAUAUGCUCAGCAUUCUCCAAUCUGGGGAGACUGUUCUUCUCCAUUUCUUGUAUAGCAGUAAUUUGUCAGUACCACACCAGUGCAAAGGUGGUUGUCAAACCAUUGUGACCACAUCCACAGAAAAACUGAUGAUGUUAUGUAGGUGUUUUAAAUAUAAAAGAUAAUAAAAAGUACACGGGCAGGGAUGUAAGAAUUUCAAGUGGAUGUGUUCACUAAAGCA